UUUGAUGGAGGAUACAGCUACAGAAAAAUCAUUUGAUGGGUGUGAUGAGCCGUGUAACUCUGUCUGUUCUUCUCUUUAUCAAGAAAUGAGCGAUAAAUAUUAUGCUCUUGAAUCUGUGGUGUCUAAUCUUUCUAAAAAAAUUAACGAUCUCGAUCUACACAGAAAAAUUGAAGAUCUUCAAAAUCAACUAACUACUACUACUCUAAAUCAAAAUUUAAGUAUUAGCGAUUGCAAUAAUAAAGUAUUUGAUGUUAUUGCAAAAAUUGAAGGAAUUAAUGAAAUAAAGCGUGAAAUUGAUGGAAAGAUUACAAAGUGGAGCGAGAUUAUGGCUAAGAAUAUUCCGACACUUCCUUCAACUAUCUACAAACAUUGCGAAAAUAAAUUAGAUAAAAUUUCUGACACCCAAAGUUGUUGUGAUCAGAAUUGUAAAAAUUCCAACGGUUUGUGUAACAACGGCAAUGGAGUCGUUAAAAUUCGUCCGGGAGGGAAUUCUGCCAUUUAUCGAAGUUCUACACAAAUUGACAAGGAAAAUCGUUCUGUUAUGGUUUUCGCUGAAAACAAAAAUAUGGGCGCUAAUAUUCCAGCUGACAUUCCAGAUAAUGUUUAUGUUACUUUCUAUUGUGAAAUGACUGUUUUAAUUGAUGAGGAUGAUGGAAAUAGUUGUGAUGUUCAAGUUGGACUUUUGAAGGACGAGAAUACCUAUUAUCGUAUAGGCAAAGACGGAAUGUACCACACAACUGACAGAAACAACAACACUAUUUUUAGCGAUCCAAUUGAUGGAAAUUUUGUCUUAGGUAUUGGACAGAAUUUUGCACCUCGAAAUAUGCCGUCUGCUAAAAUGCAACUCUUCUUUACUAAAGAUGGGAUAAAAAUUCGGAAAACUUUUCUUGUGGAUGAGGAAGAUAUGCUUCCACAUGUUAUUAUGAAAAGUGUCAAUGUUCUGGUUAAUUUUGGGAAUGAUCCGGCCAAGCCUUUUGUUUAUGACAUCAAUAAUCACGAGGCUGCUUAUUGA